AUGGGUGCGAAUCAUUCCCGGGUUGACUUUGUUGAAUUGUAUUUUUGCUUUUUUGGGGGGAAAUGGAAAUUUAUUUGCUGUGGUUGGUGCGGGUUGGGGAAUGUCUGGGGGGAGGUGGGGGUGGUAGAUGGAGGAUGGGGGGGGAUGGGGGAUGAUGGGGUUGGCAGUUCGCUGGAAUCUUCCAAGGUUCUUACCUGUGUGUUCAGGCCUCACAACUUCACAGAG